AUGCGGGUCCCCGGCCCCAGCGCGCGCGAGGCGGCCUCCGUGUACGGCACAGCGGUGGCUGUCUUCCUGGUCAUCCUGGUGGCCGCCCUGCAGGGCUCGGCUCCCCCCGAGAGCCCCUUCCCCUACCGCAUCCCCCUGGACCCUGAGGGGAUCCUGGAGCUGUCGUGGAACGUCAGCUACGUGCAGGAGACUGUCCACUUCCAGCUCCUGGUGCGGGAGCUCAAGGCCGGCGUCCUGUUCGGCAUGUCGGACCGCGGCGAGUUGGAGAACGCCGACCUGGUCGUGCUCUGGACCGACGGGGACAGUGCCUACUUUGGGGAUGCCUGGAGUGACCAGAAGGGGCAGAUCCACCUGGAUGCCCAGCAGGAUUACCAGCUGCUGCGGGCACAGAGGACCCGGGAAGGCCUAUCCCUGCUGUUCAAGAGGCCCUUUGGCACCUGUGACCCCAAGGAUUACCUCAUCGAGGACGGCACCGUCCACCUGGUGUACGGGAUCCUGGAGGAGCCGUUCCAGUCGCUGGAGGCCAUCAACGUCUCCAGCCUGCAGACGGGGCUGCAGAGGGUGCAGCUGCUGAAGCCCAACAUCUCCAUCCCGGCCCUGCCCUCGGACCUGCGCACCAUGGAGAUCCGCGCCCCAGACGUCCUGGUCCCCGGCCAGGAAACCACGUACUGGUGCUACAUCACCGAGCUCCCGGACGGCUUCCCUCGGCACCACAUCGUCAUGUACGAGCCCAUCGUCACCGAGGGCAACGAGGCCCUGGUGCACCACAUGGAGGUCUUCCAGUGCGCAGCCGAGUUCGAGAGCUUCCCCCACUUCAGCGGGCCCUGCGACUCCAAGAUGAAGCCGGAGCGGCUCAACUACUGUCGCCACGUGCUGGCUGCCUGGGCCCUGGGCGCCAAGGCCUUUUACUACCCAGAGGAAGCCGGCCUUGCUUUCGGGGGCCCUGGGUCCUCCAGAUUUCUCCGCCUGGAAGUUCACUACCACAACCCGCUGAUAAUAAAAGGCCGGCGCGACUCCUCGGGCAUCCGCCUGUACUACACGGCCACGCUGCGGCGCUUCGAUGCGGGCAUCAUGGAGCUGGGCCUGGUGUACACGCCUGUGAUGGCCAUCCCCCCGCGGGAGACGGCCUUCGUCCUCACCGGCUACUGCACGGACAAGUGCACCCAGCUGGCUCUGCCUCCUUCCGGAAUCCACAUCUUCGCCUCUCAACUCCACACACACCUGACGGGCAGGAAGGUGGUCACGGUGCUGGCCCGGGAUGGCCGCGAGAAGGAGGUUGUGAACAGGGACGACCACUACAGCCCUCACUUCCAGGAGAUCCGCAUGUUGAAGAAGGUCGUGUCCGUCCACCCGGGAGACGUGCUCAUUACUUCCUGCACAUACAACACUGGAGACAGGAAGCUGGCCACCGUGGGGGGCUUUGGGAUCCUGGAGGAGAUGUGCGUCAACUAUGUGCACUACUACCCCCUGACGCAGCUGGAGCUCUGCAAGAGUGCCGUGGACCCUGGCUUCCUGCAGAAGUAUUUCCACCUUGUGAACAGGUUCAACAGCGAGGAAGUCUGCACCUGCCCUCAAGCCUCUGUCCCUGAGCAGUUUGCCUCUGUGCCCUGGAACUCCUUCAACUGCCAAGUGCUCAAGGCUCUGUACAGCUUUGCCCCCAUCUCCAUGCACUGCAACAAGUCCUCGGCUGUCCGCUUCCAGGGUGAGUGGAAUCUGCAGCCCCUUCCCGAGAUCAUCUCCAAGCUGGAAGAGCCCACCCGUCACUGCCCAGCCAGCCAGGGUCAGAGCCCCGCCGGCCCCACCAGGGUCAGCAUCGGCGGGGGCAAAGGUUGA